AAAUGGUUAAUAAAAUGGUUCUGGUUGGUGAAAGAAACAACCCAUUUCUUGCAGCAAGAACCCAAAAGAACGCCCCAAAAGAAAUCUAGCCGAGGCUAAAAAAGCUCUUUUUGCGGGAUCUGGAAUGCUCGGAUGGAAUGCUGGGCGGUUUUGUGGAGACUUUGAAACCGGAGCUGCGUUAUUGUUGCUGCCAUUUCCACGCACCUCCAGCACCAUUUUCUGGAGGUCGCCAGCUAAAUUUGGCCGGCACUGGCCUUUUUUGUCUGACUCAAACAGCUCAACCCGAACUUGUGAAGCUGGCUCGAGCCGAGACACGCACUCUGAUUGGACAGAGAUUUUCCGAUGCCGAACUUUAUUGUUGAACAAUGCACAAAAGGAGCCUCUUUUGCUUUUCCGUGCUUCGGUUGCAGUCCGACGUCACGUGUAGACAAAAGCAAUCUGAGAAUAACAGAUAUCGUAUUUUUGGUUCAAGAACCAAUAG